GCGUGUUAUAUAUAGAAAUAAGAUCAGUCACUGUUUUCAAGCCUGCUAAAUAAAACUGAACUCUUGGAAUGGCAUACCAUUUGACCUUUCAAAGGUUCUCCAGCAGUAUUUAACUGAUGCAAAAGGAACGCACUUACAAUUUUCUACUUUUGACAUGACAGACCCUCCUCUUAGUUCACACAAUGUUCAAAAGGCACAAGUCCCUCGCUUCGGAACGCAAGAGAGCAUUACUUUCCCAAAGAGCUACACGGUUCAUACUGAAGGAUGAUAUGAGAAAUUUUCACUUUUUGUCAAAACUUGUACUCUCAGCGGGCCCUCUGAGACCAACUCCAGCAGUCAAACAUUCAAAAACGACUCACUUUGAGAUUGAAAUACUUGAUGCUCAAACAAGGAAACAGAUAUGUAUUCUGGAUAAGGUGACACAAUCAUCUACUAUUCAUGAUGUUAAGCAAAAGUUUCACAAAGCAUGUCCAAAGUGGUACCCUUCUCGAGUUGGUCUGCAGCUAGAAUGUGGAUUGUAUAAGACUGGAAUCAGAGUGUUGACUGAACUGAAUUCUCAUGUGAAGACUCCUGACAAAAAGCCACUUCCAUCUUCUUUUGUGUUAUUGGAAGAGUUUGUGUUGGAAAUGCUUGUUCCCUGGUGCUGCAAAGAAAUAGCACUCGAACAUAAAUUUAAUUCUCUCAGCAAGGCAAUUAUUACUUUCUGCAGAAAGGGUGCUCAUCGCAGAUGGAAUAAUGGCGGGCCUUUUUUGAAGGACUACGUUACCAUUCAAAGUAUUGCAGCUUCCUCCAUUGUCACACUGUAUGCUACAGACCUAGGUCAACAAGUCAGUUGGACCACAGUGUUUUUGGCUGAAUAUACAGGACCUCUGCUAAUAUACCUCCUCUUUUAUUUGAGGAUCCCAUGUAUAUAUGAUGGAAAAGAGAGUGCUAGAAGAUUACGCCACCCAGUGGUACACUUGGCUUGCUUCUGUCAUUGUAUACACUACAUCCGAUACCUUUUGGAAACCUUAUUUGUUCACAAAGUUUCUGCAGGACACACACCUUUGAAAAAUUUGAUAAUGAGUUGUGCCUUUUACUGGGGAUUUACUUCUUGGAUUGCCUACUACAUUAAUCAUCCACUAUAUACACCACCAUCAUUUGGAAACAGGCAAAUCACAGUAUCUGCUAUCAAUUUUCUGAUUUGUGAAGCUGGGAAUCAUUUCAUCAAUGUAAUGUUGUCUCAUCCCAAUCACACAGGAAACAAUGCCUGUUUCCCAAGUCCAAAUUAUAACCCCUUCACAUGGAUGUUUUUCCUGGUUUCAUGUCCUAACUACACCUAUGAGAUUGGAUCAUGGAUUAGUUUCACAGUCAUGACACAAACACUGCCAGUUGGAAUUUUUACACUUCUGAUGAGUAUCCAGAUGUCUUUGUGGGCACAAAAGAAACAUAAGAUUUAUCUGAGAAAAUUCAAUUCAUAUAUUCAUAGAAAAUCAGCAAUGAUUCCAUUCAUAUUGUAAAAAAAGAAUCUUAUCUCCUAUAGAAAACAGCAACAUAUAAAUUCAAUAAAUAAGACUUAGUUAAGGAUAGUUAACUAUUAUACUCCAACAAUUCAUGAGCAACAGUAUAUACACUGAGUAAAAAUAUAAAAUAGUAAAAUUUCACUAAAUUUAGAGAAAUGCACAUGGUAAUAAAAAGUAUAAAUUAUAAAUGCAAUUAACUAAGAACAUCUCUGAAUGUAUUUGCAUGGGAUUGGUCCUUGAAUAAAAUUGUCUUACUUCAUUAAUACUUCACAAUACUAUUUGCAUAAGACAAAAUACCACAGCAAAAAAAAAACAAUCUGAUUAAAAAAUGAAAAAGUGAUCUGAACAGACAUUUCCCAAAGGAAGACAUAUACAUGGUCAAUAAGUAUAUUUUUAAAAUGCUCAACAUUAACUAUUCAUACAGAAAUGCAAAUCAAAACCACAAUGAGAUAUCAUCUCAUCCUAAUUAGGGUGGCUAUUUUCAAAAAGACAAAAAAUAUGACAGCCGUGGUGGUUCAUAUCUGUAAUCCUAACACUUUGACAGGCCAAGGCAGGAGAAUUGCUUGAGUUUAGAAGUUUGAGAUCUGGGCAACAUAUCAAGACUCUGUCUCUAAAAAGCAUAUUGAGACUCUGUCUCUACAAAAAAAUUUUAAAAAGUAAAAAUUAGCUGGGCGUGGUGGCACAUGCCAGUAGGUAUUCCCAGCUACUCGAGAUUGCUCCAGCUCAGGAGUUCAAGGCUACAGAGAGCCAUGAUUAAACCAAGGCACUCCAGCCUGGGUGACAGAGUGAGACUGUCUCAAAAUAAAAUAAAAAUAACAUAUUGGUGAAGAUGCAGGAAAAAAAAAAGAACUCUUAGACACUGCUGGUGGGAAUGUAAACUAGAGCAGCCAUGUGGAGAACAACAAGGAGUUUCUUCAAAAAUUACAAAUAGAACUAUCAUAUGAUCCAGCAAUACCAUUACUGGAAAAAGGAAAUCUGUAUAUUAAAGAGACAUUUGAACCCUAUGCUUACUGCAGCACUAUUCACAAUAGCCAAGAUAUAGAAGCAACCUAGGUGUCCAACAACAGAUGAAUGGAUAAAGAAAAUGUGGUAUAUAUACCCAAUAGAAUACUAUGCAGCCAUAAAAACCGAAUUCCUGUCAUUCAGGACAACAUGGAUGGAAUUGGAGGGCAUAUGUUAAGUGAAACAAGCCGGGAACAGAAAGUUAAACAUUGCAUGUUAUUACUUAUAUGUGGAAGCUAAAAAAAUUGAUAUCAUAGAAGUAAAAAAUAAAACAGAGGAUACUACAGGCUGGGAAAGCUGCAGCAAAGGGAGACUAGAGAGAGAUUUGUUAAAGGAUACAAAGUUACAGCUUGGUAGGAGGAAUAAUUUCUGGUGUUCUAUACCACUGUAGGAUGACUAUAGUUAAGAACAUUAUAUUCCAUUUAGUUUCAAAUAGCUAAAAGGAGAUUUUGUCCCCAACACAAAGAAAUGAUAAAUAUUUGAAACCAUGGAUACUCUAAUUUCUCUGAUCUGAUCACUAUAAAUUAUAUGUAUUGAAACAUUAUUAUGUAUCUCCCAAAUAUGUUCAAUUCUUAUGUCGCUCAAAAAAUAAAAUUUAAUUUAAAAAGUA